AUGGAGCCACUACUAGGAGCGAAAAUUAGCUCCCUAUUUGCCCUGCUGAUUAUCACCCUGAUCUGUGGCUUUAUUCCCAUCUGCUUCAAAUGGUUCCAGAUUGAGGCAGUGAGAGGUCGUCGCCACUGGCUCCUCAGCCUCCUGGGCUGCAUUUCUGCUGGUGUUUUCAUGGGAGCAGGGUUCAUGCACAUGACUACUGAAGCCCUGAAGGGAGUUGAAUCGGAGGUCCACAAGCUCCUAUUGCGGGGCAGGACAAAGAGUGAGGGAAAUUCUUCUGAUGCUGCUAAUUCAGCUUAUGUGAACUAUCCCUACGGACAGCUUGUCAUGUCUGUGGGCUUCUUCUUCAUCUUCUUUUUGGAGUCCCUGGCAUUGCAGUGCUGUCCUGGAGGCAAUGAAGAGUCAAAAGUGCACAAGGAGGAAGUGGGAGCGGCUCCUGUCCUUGAAAUGCAAAAGGAUGCAUCUCGACCCUUACCCUCCCACAGUCCCUUUCGAAUCCUCGUCCUCUUGCUCUCACUCUCCUUCCACUCGGUGUUCGAAGGUAUGGCUGUGGGGCUGCAGACAACAGUAGUAGCUACCGUGCAGCUGUGUCUUGCUCUCCUGGCUCACAGGGCGUUCAUUGUGUUUGGCAUAGGACUUCGGCUGGUGGGGUCAGGCACUGCAUUACGAUGGUCCCUGUUCUGCAUAGUGACAUUUGCUCUCAUGUCCCCCCUGGGCCUCAUCAUAGGGCUGGCUGUGGCUGGAGAAGACCCUAAAGAGGGAAACUUAGCCCAGGCUGUGUUAGAAGGGGUGGCAGUUGGGACAUUCCUUUAUGUCACCUUCCUAGAAAUUCUGCCCAAGGAGCUAUCUGGUCCUGAGUCCCCUUUGGUCAAGUGGACCUGUGUAGUUGGCGGUUUUACCUUCAUGGCCAUUAUUGCCGUGUGGGCUUGA